CUCUCUCUCUUCCUUUCUCCCUCCAUAUAUCCUUUCUGUCUGUCUCUGUCUCUCUGUCUCUCUCUCUUCCUCUCUCCCUCCAUAUAUCCUUUCUGUCUGUCUCUGUCUCUGUCUCUGUCUCUCUGUCUCUCUCUCCCUCCAUAUAUCCUCUCUGUCUCUCUCUGUCUCUAUCUCUCCAUAUAUCCUCUCUCUGUCUGCCUAUGUCUUUCUGUCUCUCUCUGUCUCUCUCUCUGUCUACAGAUCAACAUGUAGCUCUCAGCUACUGUUCAGUGUCUGCCUACCUGCCUCUGCGCUCUCGCCACAAGGAUAACAGAUCAAAGCGUAAGCAGGCCCCCGCUGGUUAAAUGCUUUCUUUUAUAAGAGUAGCCCUGGUCGUUGUGUCUUCACAGCAACAGUGUCUAAGACAGUAGGCAAGAGCUGCAUCUCCAACUGGUAAUGUUUUAAUUUCAUCUCUAGUAUAAUGAAGGACUUUGUUGUAGAUAGCAUUCUCGGUUGGCAGGGCUUUUCCCUCUUUAAAUACAUCACCCUAUGCCUUCCAGAUCACAAGCUGCCCACUCAGCAGCCUCUGACCAGGUGAAAAGCUGGUGCUAUACACUGAGCACUUGUGUUAUCGUCUACUGGAAACCGUGGGAUUCUGUCACUCAUACACAUACGUCUGGUAGAUAGCAUUUAAAACAACUGUCAUUGAACAAAAUGUUACAUCCAGCGUACAAUGCUCAGAAAAGUCUUUCUCAGAGAUGAUAAUAUGCUUUGUUGUUCACACACCAAGCUGUUAAAGAGAGUUAGAGCACAUCCCCCAAAGUAUGUAUUAUGUGCACCACAGGUAGCUAAAUACAGUGCUCCUCUGGGAUAACAACAGCACCUAAGUCAGCUAAGUGUAGCGGUGCUCACGGUGGGAAAUUUGUGAAUGCAGCACACCUGGAGUCAGCGUUCCACUUGGGCAGUCUUGUGCAUGAAGACUUCAGUACUCACACCACCUUCUGUGAGGCUGGCUUCAUAGAGAAAGUGCAACAUAAAGUCAUUCAGAAAUCUGCCCCUUAAUAAACACAAAGAUGAGACUGUAUGGAUAGACAGUGUCAGAAGGACAAUGCUAACAUAAUGAUUCACGGGGAUGUGAGAGGCUCCCCUACUAAUGUGGCUAAUGCUGCUAAACAGGGUAUUUGGGAGGCCCAAGGAGUCUGAGGCCAGCCUGGACUACAGAGUGAGUUCCAGGGCAGCCAGGGCCAUACACAGAGGCCCUGUCUCAUAAUGCAUAGAUAGAUAGAUAGAUAGAUAGAUAGAUAGAUAGAUAGAUAGAUAGAUAGAUGGAUGGAUAACGCAGUACUGGGACCCUAUCUUUCUAAGCACAAUGCUUCAAUCUCAGUCAAUCAUGUACUUAAACAGACUAUAUUUAUAUGUGCAUGUACAUAUUUAUAUGUAUAUGUAUAAACAUACAUGCACACACACAUGACCAAUGUCCUACACACACUGUAUGCUGCUGAACACAAUGGUUCAUAGAUUUAACCUGCAUUUGCUCCUUCAGGAACUCUGAUGAGUACAGACUCGUCUUAUGUAGACAACGUAAGCAGCGCAACUUGCAUUUUCACCACCUUUGGCUGCUGUAUGGUAUUUCAUAAUGUACAGCGACCAGGUGUGCCUUCAGCCUCCGCAUUCCCAUUAGCAGCUGCCCUACUUUUCAGUGUCAUAAUGCACCUGCCUUGCUGUCACAUGACAACACAGCUUAAGAUGAGUGGUGACUGUACCCUUUCCCAUAUACUGCGUGAUACAUAUCGCGAUGCACAGACAUGAUAAGAUGCGUGUUCCCUCUUUAAGUCACUGCAGGGUUUAGUAUAUUCCACAGCGACACAAUGAAGCUGACGUUUGUGGUUUUUGAUGUUACAUGACAUCCUCAGUAACAUUGUGACAUUAAGAAUCAAGGUCUGGUUCUCUCUGUGGGGUCUUAUGAUUAUUAGAUAAACAUUAGGUAUUAGAUGUAUUAUGUAGUGAUGCAAAAUGACAAAAAUGCAUGCCUUCGAUGCCAAAUAUCUUAUGUGACAUGGUACAAGACAAUUAGAACCUUCUCCCAGUUGUCAUGUAGUACCAUGUGCUACAGUGACAUGUAACUGACGCCUCUCUUCUCAGCUGAUACAUGGCAUACAUAAUACACACACAUACAUACAUGUAUACACACAUACAUACAUGUAUAUACACACAUACACACAUACACAUAUAUACACUUAUAUAUACAUGCAUACAUACACACAUACACACAUACACACAUAUACACACAUACAUAAAAACAUACAUGUAUACACACAUACAUGUAUAUACACACAUACACACAUACACAUAUAUACACUUAUAUAUACAUGCAUACAGACACAUAUACACACAUACACACAUAUAUACACACAUAAAAACAUACAUGUAUACACACAUGUAUAUACACACAUAUACACACAUACACACAUACACAUAUAUACACUUAUAUAUACAUGCAUACAUACACAUAUACACACACAUACACACAUAUAUACACACACAUAUAUACACACAUACACACAUAAAAACAUACAUGUAUACACACAUACACACAAAUAUAUACACACAUACACACAUAUAUACAUGCACAUACACACAUACACACACAUAUAUAUAUACACACAUAUAUACACACACAUACAUAUAUACACAUACACACAGUGAUACAAUGCAUUCAGGCCUGUAUCCCAGCUCAUAUUGUACAUGACUUUGUGUUAUGUAGGAUGAAGACCCAGACCUGACAUGCUUGCUGCCUCCAUGGUAUAAAAGCCGAGAAUAAACACAUCCUUAUUCCCAUAGGGACAGAUUGCAGCCCUGGCAUUACAUUAUCACAGAUGAUGUCACAUCAUCCCUGUGGCAGACUGUGGCUCACUGUCUGCAUGCCAUCUCUGCACUGUGAAACUAAGCAACAGGGUAAAACCAUUGACUCUGGCCUCCGUUCCUGACCACCUUAAGGCACCAUAUAUGCCCGGUGCUCUGACCCCCUCUGGGUCGCUGUGGGGAAUCGUUAUGUGAUACGACAGCCUCCACCCCUUCUCCCAGCUGUUGGAUGACAUUUACAUGACUUAGUGACAUGAUAUGGUAGAGGCAUUAGCUGUCAUGUGAUGUUACAGGUGGCAUGGUACCAUGUUAAGAGUAAGUCUUCAUCCUUCUCAGCCGUCAUAAGCUGAAAUAUGUGGCCUAGGGAGCAAGGUGACUUGGCUCUCAGCUGUCAUGGGACAUUGUAGGGUACACACUGUGUGUCUCGGGCAUCUCUCUCUGUUUGGGUUCUGUUAGUGUCUUUUUUUUUAAAAAGAUUUAUUUAUUAAUUAUAUAUAAGUCACUGUCUUCAAACACACCAGAGGAAGGCAUCAGAUCUCAUUAUAGAUGGUUGUGAGCCACCAUGUGGUUGCUGGGAUUUGAACUCAGGACCUCUGGAAGAGCAGUCAGUGCUCUUAACCGCUGAGCCAUCUCUCCAGCCCUCCUGUUAGUGUCUUAAUCAGUGUCUUACUCAGGGUUUCUAUUCCUGCACAAACAUCAUGACCAAGAAGCAGGUUGGGGAGGAAAGGGUUUAUUCAGCUUACACUUCCACAUUGCUGUUCAUCACCAAAGGAAGUCAGGACUGGAACUCAAGCAGGUCAGGAAGCAGGAGCUGAUGCAGAGGCCAUGGAGGGAUGUUAGUUACUGGCUUGCUUCCCCUGGCUUGUUCAGCUUGCUCUCUUAUAGAACACAGGGAUGGCACCCCCCACAAUGGGCUGGGUCCUCCCACCUUGACCACUAGUUGAGAAAAUGCCUUACAGCUGGGUCUCAUGGAGGCAUUUCCACAACUGAGGCUCCUUUUCUGUGAUAACUCCAGCUUGUGUCAAGUUGACACACAAAACUAGCCAGUACAAUCAGUGUGUUUAAAAAAGACAUUCAAGAAGUGCUAACACUCCAAUAUCCAGAAUUGACUACGUGAACCUCUAAUGACCUUCUUCUAGAGCCAGAGUCUAUGCAUCUCAGGCCAGCCUGAAUCACUACACAGCCAGAGAUGACCCUGAGCAUCUGAUGAUGCCUGCUAUUCCUGAGUACUGGGAUUCCAGGCAUGCACUGCACAUAGAGCCCCACUGCAUCUUGAAUGCUAGGCCACGUUCUACUAACUAAGCUACAUUCCCAGCUGCAGACCGUGACUUUUAAAUGUAUGAUUAAAAUGAUUCACCAUAAUUCGGUAUACUGUCAACAUUAAAUUACAGUUACUUUGGAGUAUAUUUAUUCAUGCAAAUUACUCCUCCAUGUACAGGUGUUUCCAUGGCUUUUCUAUUGCUGUGCGGACACCAUGAACAAGGAAGGGUUUAUCGGGGUCUUAUAGCUUCAAAAGGUGACUACUCCAGGACCAUUGCAGCAGGGUAGAUAUGGCACCAGCCAGGCAGGCAUGGCCCUGGGGCAGUAGCUGAUAGCUUACAUCUUAAUCCAUAAGCAUGAGGUAGUGGUGGUAGUGACGAGACAAGAGACAGAGACAGACAGUCAGACAGACAAGACACAAAGAGAGGGAGAGAGAGAGAAUAUAUGGACAGUGCGGGUUUUAAAAUCUCAAAACCAGCCCUCAGUAACACUCGUUCUUCAACAAAGCCACAUCUCUUUUUUUUGGGGGGGGGGUUCUUUUUUUCGGAGCUGGGGCCCGAACCCAGGGCCUUGCGCUUCCUAGGCAAGCACUCUACCACUGAGCUAAAUCCCCAACCCCCAAUGCCACACCUCUUAAUUCUUCCUGAAUAAUUCCACCAACUGGGGACUAAGUUUCCAAAUAUCUGAGGCUAUGGGGUGUUGUGGGUUGCAUUUGCAUUCAAACUUCACAAGGUUUGUUCACUGUAAUUUAUGUUAUCCAGAUCUGAAUUCACUACUUCAGAGCUUAUGGUGGCAAAAGGGAAGACAAAAAGAAAGUAACCAGAAUGCCUCAACAGAGUUAUAUUAAAAAAUAGUAAUAAAAGGAAAAAGGAUUCAGGGAUGUAAUUCUAGAAGCACAAACCCUUCAGAAGCAGAAUACAAAAAACAAACAAACAAACAAACAAAAAAAAACCCCAAAAUCUGGUGUAGGAAGGUGUCGUUUCUCUUAUUCACGCUGCAAGCUAAAUUAUGAACGUUGACAUUGCCAGGUGCUGGCUCAGUGGGAAAAGGACUGGUGAGACAGUAUUAGUUCAACUUUGCUAGACCCUUUUCUCGUCUAUUCUCCACGUCCAGGCAGUUGAUGGUUUCCUUGUGGAGUUGGGGUAUUUUUAACUCUAAUAAAAUUGUCCUAAAUUCUUUUAUUAAUGAGACUAAGAACCCUAAUGAGAAGUUGGAUCUCCCCUAUACCGUUCUCCUGAGGUCACCCUGGGUGGAGUACAACCCGCUUGCAGGCAUUCAGGCUCCAGUGGCCUCAGUCUGCGCGCACUAAGCGCAAGCAGGCCUGAUUGGCUUCUUUAAAACACCAGGAUGCAGAGCCUCGGACGCGUACCUCCAAGGUCAGCUCCACCUGGGAGCCCAGCGAACCCCAGCUUCUUUUUCCGAGGACAAAGAGCGUUUACUAAGUCUCCCUGGAGGGGUGGGACGCGCCUGAAUGUGCGUGACGCACCCUGCCGAGCCAGACUGAGACUGACCGGAGAGGCGGGGCGCAUGCGUCAUCCGCGCUGGAGAAUGACGUAAGGGGGCGGGACACACUAAGAGACAGACUCGAGGGGCGGCGGGGGGCCGCGCUAUGGACCGCUAUGCGGGCGCCGGGGACGAGGCGGCGGACCGGGCCCGGCAGCAGGAGCGGCACUACCAGCUGCUGUCAGCGCUACAGAGCCUGGUCAAGGAACUGCCCAGCUCUUUUCAGCAGCGCCUGUCCUACACCACGCUCAGCGACUUAGCCCUGGCGCUGCUCGACGGAACGGUGUUUGAGAUCGUACAGGGGCUUCUGGAGAUCCAGCACCUCACCGAGAAGAGCCUCUACAACCAACGACUGCGGCUGCAGAACGAACACAGAGUGCUCAGACAGACUCUGAGGCAAAAGCAUCUGGAAGCCCAGCAGUCCUGCCGGCCCCACAACUUGCCAGUGCUCCAGGCAGCCCAGCAGCGUGAGCUAGAGCCCUGGCAGGCCUUGGAACACCGGAUCCGGGAGGAGCAGCAGGCAAUGGACCGAAAGAUUGUCCUGGAGCUGGACCGGAAGGUUGCUGACCAGCAGAGCACACUGGAGAAGGCAGGGGUAGCUGGUUUCUAUGUGACCACUAAUCCUCAGGAGCUGACGCUGCAGAUGAACUUACUGGAACUCAUCAGGAAGCUGCAACAGAGGGGCUGCCAAAUGGGAAAGCCGGCUCUGUGACCAAGUGGGCGGUCCUCGCUGUCCUCUGUUGCCUAGGAUGGCUGGCACCACAGCCUUGUCUGUGUGGGGGCUACUGACUGUCCGGCUGCCAACAGGCCUGAUCUCUCUGAGGAGCUGACUAGACCCUGGCUAUGCCCGCUGCCACCCACUGAUCAGAUUUGGAGGGGAAGGUCCAAGCAAUAGGAAUGGUGUCAUGAGAAGGCCCCAUGACUGAAUGCUGAGUGGGAAUGUGGGUCCCUCUGGGCAUAUCCCUCCAGGCUUGGGCUUUGCCUUGUUCCUGUGUAGCACCUCCCUUGACAGCCCCCACCCUCGGUGGAAGAAGCUACAAAACCCAAGCCCAGUAUGGCCUAGAAAAAUAAAGAACCCAGGACGUGG